CGGCGGCGGAGGCGCGAGUGCCGCACCGGGGGCCGGGCUGAGCCCCGGCCGCCGCCGAGCCGAGAAGAGAGCGGUGCUCCGGCGGGUGCCGACCGGGGACGAUUGCUCUGCUCGGGCGAGGCGGUUGCAGACUCGGCUUUGGUCCUGCCGAUGCUCCUUGCGAUCCGGCGCUAGCUUUGCCGGGGGAAGACAAAAACAACCAAAAACCCCCUCGCGCGUCAGGAAGCGGAGCAAGAGUGGCUGCAGAGACAUCUGCCUUGACCGAGUUCGUUUUAAAGAUCAUUGAACGGGAGAGGAGUUUGGGAAGUGUGAUGGGACCGUGGACUUCCAGAAACCCUGAAGACUUGUGAGGACAGACCACAGCGUGUGAGCAGAAGGGGAAACGCGGAGUGGGACCCCUGCCUGCCCACGCCUGGAUUCGACAUUGCUGGGGCCACAUCUUGCAAUAAGAGGAAGAGGAAAAGACGGUUCGUUCACCAUCGCUAAAAAUGGGAGGCAGCAUCUGUCCAGCAGACCAGGAAGGGAAGCUCCAGACCUUGCCUGUGGGGCAUCCCUGGGAGUGCUGCAGCCGGAGCGACACAGCCCUCUGUCAGUAAGGGGUGUCAGGGCAGCAUGGCUCAGAGAGCCUGGGUCAGCAUGCUCUUCCACAACCGCAAGACCCAGCUCCUGCUGGUCAACUCCCUGACGUUCGGCCUGGAGGUCUGCCUGGCUGCAGGGAUAACCUACGUGCCUCCGCUGCUGCUGGAAGUGGGCGUGGAGGAGAAGUUCAUGACCAUGGUUUUGGGGAUAGGACCUGUCCUUGGCUUGGUUUUUGUCCCACUGAUCGGAUCCGCCAGCGACCACUGGCACAGCAGCUAUGGCCGAAGGCGACCUUUCAUCUGGAUGCUUUGUCUGGGAGUCUUGCUGAGCCUCUUUGUUAUCCCACAUGCCAGCAGGCUGGCCAGCCUGUUUGCCCUCAACACUCGGCCGCUGGAGAUUGCCUUCCUCAUCCUGGGCAUCGGGUUACUGGAUUUCUGCGGCCAGGUCUGCUUUACUCCACUGGAGGCCCUGCUCUCAGACCUCUUCCAGGAGCCAGACAACUGCCGCCAGGCCUUCUCCAUGUACGCCUUCAUGAUCAGCUUGGGGGGCUGCAUCGGCUACCUGCUUCCAGCCAUUGACUGGGGUGGCAGCUUUCUGGCCCCGUACCUGGGAGGGCAGGAGACCUGCCUCUUCAGCCUCCUUGCCAUCAUUUUCCUCGGCUGUGUGCUGGCCACGCUCUUUGUGACAGAGGAGGCAGCCACCCAGGCAGAUGUUCUGGAUGGCCCCGCGCUGAAGGACGUUCCCCUUAAGUCCUCACCUCCUGCCUGCUGCUCUUGCCAGGUCUCCAGGAGCUCAUGUCUGCUGCAGGCCAGGCACAUGAUGCAGGCCCUGAGAAACCUUUGCACACUGGUGCCACGGCUUCACAGCCUCUACUGCCGCAUCCCCAAGGUCAUCCGGCGCCUGUUCGUGGCCGAGCUCUGCAGCUGGAUGGCACUCAUGACUUUCAUGCUGUUCUACACAGACUUUGUUGGGGAAGGGCUGUACCACGGCGUCCCCAGAGCCAAGCCAGGCACGGAUGCCAGACGCCACUAUGAUGAAGGUGUCCGGAUGGGUAGUUUGGGCCUCUUCCUGCAAUGCAUCACAUCCAUCUUCUUUUCGACAAUCAUGGACCGGAUGGUGAAGCAGUUUGGGACGCGGGCGGUCUACCUGGCCAGCGUGGUGUUCUUCCCCGUGGCUGCCUUCGUCAUGUGCCUCUCCCACAGUGUCAUUGUUGUUACCAUCUCAGCUGCUCUGACGGGCUUCACCUUCUCUGCACUCCAGAUCCUGCCAUACACACUGGCAUCACUGUAUCAUCACGAAAAACAGGUAUUUUUGCAUAAAUAUAAGAGCGAAGAGGAGGAAGACGCAGCUCGACUGGAGAAGAAAUCAGCCUUCUCUAAAGGCCACCUUCCCAGCCAGAAGCUGCCUUACCAGAAUGGACAUGCUGGGAGCCUCUUCUCUUCUUCCUCUCCCUCCUCCUCUCCUCCAGCCGCCGGCUCGGCUCUGUGCGUCAGCUCCUCCUGCGACGUCUCGCUCAUGAUGAUGGUGGGAGAACCGGACUCAGUGGCUCCUGGCCGAGGGAUCUGCCUGGACCUGGCUAUUUUGGACAGUGCUUUCCUCCUUUCUCAGGUUGUCCCCUCCCUCUUCAUGGGGUCCAUCGUCCAGUUUACGCAGUCAGUGACUGCCUACAUGGUGUCAGCUGCUGGCUUUGGCCUGGUAGCCAUUUACUUUGCGACCAAAGUUGUCUUUGAUAAGAGUGACAUGGCGAAGUGUUCAGUGUGAUGUGGAAGGCACAAGGGCAGCACGCGGGUGCCUGCAUGUGACAAAACGAGAUGUGCGUUGUUCACAUGGCCCUUUUGCGCGAAGCCUUGUGUGGCACCUGCUGUCCCCAUGCUGUUGCUGUAGCCCUGGAGGGUAGUUCUGGGGCUGGGGACAGGAGAGGUGCCGCAGGGCUAAUCUCAGGUGUAAAUAGGAGGCAUCGGGGCAUUGUGAUUCGGGCCAUCAGUGCUUUCCAAAGGUGCCUUUAUGAAAAGAAAGGGCUGCACAGCCACCACCAAAGGAGGUUAUACAGGGGGGAGAAAGGAAAUGGACUUUUCUUUUAAUAACGGGUCAUGUUUCUGAGCAGGAGAGGCAGUAGUAUGGGGAGGGAAGAAAUCAUUGGCUCUCGUGUUUUCCAGUUACAGCUGUAUCCUCUUCCCCUGCUUGUUGUAGUUUUACUCAACUUCUUGAGCAAUACUUCUGCAAAUAGGACACUGGGAGGAGAUCUACUUGGAAAAAAAAAGAUGGGUGGCUAAGGUUUGGCCAUGGAGCAAAGGGGGUGCAUAUGGGUGCGUGCAUGCUUCCGUCCUUCCCCACCUCUGUUCUGACUGGGAGAAACCAUUUAGGAGAAAAGUUACAAUGUCUCAUUUUGGAAAAACAAAUAACGUUUCAUUAGGACCAAUUCCAAAAGGUGACUUAUCUUUUACCUAUGUACCAGAUUGCAUCAGAUGGAAAGGACUUCUUAAUUUUGUUUUUUAAAUGAUUGUUUUUAGCUUUCCUCACACAAUUGUCAGUAACUCUGACCUCUCACUCCUCAGCACUCAGAACUGCCGCCUGCUCUCUCCCCUAACAGAUCUAGACUGUUGUGCCUCUUCCACACGUGGCCCCUAAAAGAUGCUGCCAUAUCACAAGGAAAAUCUAUUCUCAGAGGGUUUUCAGUCCUGUGACAAUGAAGUGGAACAUAAGAGCUCUCCUGCAAGACUACCUGGGAACAAGUAUACCCGGCCUGAGGAAGCUGGAGGAAUUGCUUGUUCACUGACAGCUAGUUGAACUCAGCAGCAGUCACUGCUGUAGUAGGUACCUGGAGUUGGUCACUGGCUGUGUCUGUUUUCCCUCAAAGAUGCAUCCCGGAUAAAGCAACCUUCUAGACCAGACUCUUCUUUCCAGACAGAAAGGCUUUCGGCUGUGCUUGCAGGCUGGCAGGAGUGCACCUUGCAGAGCAGACUGCAUCCCAGUACCCAGCACAGUGGCUGAGUUAACACAUUGCCAGCAUGCCCUGAGAGGCUGCUGGAAGCAGCAUUGUAAACAGGAGGUGGGUAGGAUGAAAUGUUCCUACAGCCACUCUGGCAGCUGCUUACAGAGUAGGGUAAGCCUAGUUCUUGGUGUGCUGGGCAAAAGAAGGAGCAGGACAGAAGCUCUUGAUGCUGUUUGUGCCUGUGGUUUGCUGAUCUGGAUUACGUAUUUACUAUGUUAUGCUUCUUUGGGCUUUUAUUUAUUUAUUUUAUUUUAUUUCCAGGCAGGAGUCAAGAUUCUUACUGAGGAACAGCGUAAACACAGUUACCUGUAAGAGUAAGGCAAAAUGCCUCUUGCUUCCGUAGCACUGAGACCAAAUGCUCAUGGAUUGUUCAGAUUGUUUAGCUCCCAGGUGCGAGUCACCUUCCACUGGCAGAAGAGUGGCUGCAGCUGUGUGUCCUUCUGGCCAGUACCAUUCUCCAUACGAGUGGACCAGCUGGAAUAAUUCCGCUGGUGGCAGAUUUCUACCACUCGAAGACUACCCAUAUACCAAGUAGGAGUCAAGGUCCUGUCCCACAGUCAGCACUUAGACUUUGAAAUGAUCCAAACUCUGCCUACAAUGCGUAGAGGAAGGCAUGAAUUGGGCCUUUGGAGGCUAGGCUGUGAGUACGCAGAAGUUGUUCAACAGUCCUUAACUUUGGCUGGUCUAAACAAAGUGUUUGUGACUAAUUUUCUGCGGAGGUGUGUGGGCAGUGAGAUGCACUUGUGAGGUUCGGCUGAAGGGCAAAAUGUUGCUAUUUUUGCAAGGUCUUGUCAGACUAUUCCUUGGCAUGGAAGCAUGGUUACUCCCCUGCUGUCUGCAGACGGGUCCUGAGAGGGCUUCUCCUAAGUUUUUUCAAUAUUUCUUUCCCGUAAAGGGUCACUGUUUUUGUUUUAUUUCUUCUCAAAUUAUAUGCCUACCAGCCUCCCUUUCCCACAACAAGGUUUGUGUGCUGAAAUGCAGCUGUUUUGGGGAUGGAUUUGGCAGCUGCUUAACCACCUACGGAAACAGUUUUUCGUCUGUACUUCCUACCCUGGUCUCUGUCCACUUAAGACUUCAGGAGGAAGUCUCUGAGGCAAAAUGUUAUUGCCAAAGGUGGGGUGUUUCUUGGAUGAAUGCUCCUAGUGAUCAGUAACCUCUGACCCAAGAUUUUUCAAACAGGUUCCUACCUGAGUGCUGAAGAAUCCUUUAUUUUUAUUUUUUCUUAUGUAAAAUGUGGGGAACGUUCACACAUGGAGGCUGCUACGAUGCUAAGUGCUUUUGAUAAAUGAGCCAUUUGUUUACGUGCCUAAGGAGUACUUCCACACCAAACUUCAGGUGUACGGGUUUGAUGAUAAAGGCCUUGAAUGCUUCAUUACAGACAUCCAAGUGAUAAAGCAGCGGGCUGGAGGGGGAGGCAGCCUUGUUUUAUAGUGUCCUUUGGUUUGGAACAUGAAAGAACAAGAUGCUGCAGUUCUUGAUCCAUAACUUGUAUCUGUCCCUCAGGAGGAGAAGACUUACCCCAAAUGACCAGCCCUCCAUCUGCUGAGGUGGCUUUGGUGCAGCUAUAGCCCAGCUGUAGCUGGUGGACACUCGUAGGUUUGGGCUCAUGGCACCUACAGCAGGCUCUGUGUCUUGGCUGAGCUGGAGGGCUUGGGAGUAGUUGGUGCAGGCUGGGUCUCAGCCCUGUCCUUCACUGACGGAUCAAGUGUGCCUUCAGCCUCCCUAUUCUCCCAUCUCCUUCAUUGCACUGGUUCACGGACUUGGCACCCAGAUCUCCUCAGCAAGUCUGGCAUCUGCAUCCAGAGUGCUGGCUCUGAUCUCACUCGUCCUAGGAGAGGGCAGGCUGGGUUUGUCCAGUUUUCUCAUAAUUCAGGCAUGCUUCUGGGGAGGUGCCUGCCUUUACUUCAUUUAUGUUCAUAAAAGACUGCUGAGCGACUGAACUUGUGGCUCUGCAGCCAGCUGCUCUUGCUCCUUGCUGCUGCAUCCCAGACGAGCACCCAUCGUCUUGCUUUGGCCUGACCUGUGACUUGGCUGAUAACAGAGCUCAUUCUCUGGAGCUCUCCGAUCUAGCUGGAGGGACACGACCUAGUCUGAACCAGGGGCUCCUUAUCCACUUGUCCUCUGGCUGCACUGCUCUUGUUUUAGCCAGUUCAGCAAGUAUGAGAAGAACUACUUGAUUAUCCACCAAGAAACUCUGAUUUCUCCCUUCCCCCGGCACCCUUCUUCCCAUUUCUCCAUCUGGAGUGAAACCCAGCAAAUUCAGUAAUUGCUCCUUUCCUUCUUACCCUCCUGUUACACCAGGAGAAGAUUUGGCCUAUUUGCCCUGAGAGCGUGGCUGUUUGCAGAAGGAGAGGAGGGCUGUAGGAGACUGCCACAUGCAGUCAGGUCCUGGGUGGGUGGUGGUCAGUUGGGGAACAAGGGGAGCAGCUUUCUGCGCAAAAGUUCAGCGGGGAGGGAAGACAAGGCAGCAGUCUGAGAGGAGAAUGGGGAGAGAUCAGGGCGAGGGAGCAGGGGGAAGAGGGGGUUCAGGGGAAAUCUGGGGUUUGUAGCAAUGUGAGGGACUGGUAUGGGACAUUGGCUGGAACUGGGCUGGCUCUGCCCUGGUCGUGGGCCUUUGGCACUACGCUGCCCUGGCAGUGGGUGGGAGCGUGCCCCUCGUGGCCUUGCCCUGUCCACAAAGCACUUCAUAACCCUUCAUGCUUGCUACCUCGUGCCAGCACGAUCCCAGCCGCGUCGUGAGAGCUGGCUGCGUAGUCUGAGCUGGGGUCCCGAGUUGGGCUGUCGGCAGCUGCCUUCCCCAAACCCCUAAGGGAUGUUGGGCUUGCUGUCACUGCAGUGGCCCUGUCCGUGUGCUCUGUUAUUACCAAAAGCCUUUCUUCCUAGUUCAGGCUGUCUCUGGGGCUGACAGGAGAGGGAUUUUCCAGAGUGUCUGUUGAGAAGCUCCUUUCUUUGUAAGAUUGUCCUUUCUGGCUAACCCGGUGUGCUUCUGCUAAGAACAGCUUCCCUGUGUUGGGAUCAGACAUAGACCGGCAAGGGACACAGGCAUGUUCUAGUGAAGGUAAGUGCAUCCCUUAGAUGCUGUUACUGAUAUAACCUGUGUGAACAUAGAAAUCUCUCUAGGACUUGAUUAUACUGUCCAAUGAACAGGUAUCGGUACAAGCUCUCCAGAGGCGGUUACCGUGAGUUUUUCUGUUUCGGGUAGUAGGUGCGCUUCUGCUUUCUUCUCACGGGUGAAUCCUGCUGCGCCUCUCCUUUCCUUUUGUGAGAUGGGGGUGUUGAGGUGGGGAGCGGAGGGGAGAAGGGGGGAUGUCUUUUUAAUGUGAGACGAUUGCGAAUCUCUAGGUUAGGGAAGGAUGUGUGGACGCUGUUUUUUCUUUCGAGAUCAUAUCCUGUCUGCGAGAUGUUCGUGUUUUAUUUAUUCAGUAGAGUAAAUAUUUUGUAUACGAUGUAAGAGGAAGGCUAUUAUAAAUUUUUAUCAAAAGGAGGAAAUAAAAGCUGUUUAAAUGGGA